AAGUGACGACAUGCCAUAGAAAGUGACAGGAAGCAUCUCGCUUCAGUGUGAAUUUAAACCUGGACGCAGAAAAAGGAGUCACUCAAGAUGGUGUUAGAGACGAUUUCGAAGAUUAUUAAAUUUCAGCUUCCGGCGUAUCUGAAGAAGUUACCGCUUCCGGACACCAUCGGAGGGUUCACGAAACUGACAGUUUCAGAGUGGCUCCGCCUCCUCCCCCUGCUCGGGAUCCUGGCUCUUCUCGGUUACCUGACCAUCAGGCCUUUCCUGCCCAAAAGGAAGAAGCCGAGAGACUGCCUCAUCAACCUGAAGAUCCAGAAGGAGAACCCGAAAGUGGUGAACGAGAUCGACAUCGAAGACCUGAGGAGCACCAACGUCUGCUACUGCCGCUGCUGGAGAUCCAAAACGUUUCCUGUUUGCGAUAAAUCACACAUAAAGCACAACGAGCUGACCGGGGACAACGUCGGGCCGCUGAUCCUGAAGAAGAAAAUUCUAUAAUUUUAUUUAAAAAGGAGCUUUUUGCUUCUUUUCCAUUUUUUUGUUUAAGUUUGUAGAAAUGAUUGGCGUCUCUACAGUGAGCCUGCUGUACUGUGUUCUGUGUGUGUGUGUAUGUGCGUGAUCAGACGUCUUUCUUUUUGCCAACGUCUCUGUAUUGUGUUUACAAUCCGGAGACAAAAAUACUAAUAAUUUGUGCCUUAGAUGUUUUUUUCUUGUACUGCUUUCAAAUAUUUCUUUCUUUCUAAAGUGCUGAAAAAGUGCAAUAUGAAAUAACUGGACCACAACUUUCAUUCGAAUAACAUGACCAUGUGAACCGUGUCGAUCGUCGUGAAACAAUCAGUAGUGUGCUGUUAGCGUACCGAAACCACUUUGGAAAAAAAAUUAAUAAAUUUUCAAAAUUGUGUAAAAAAUAAUAAUAAAUACUAUACAGUGUU